UACGUCCACAUUGAUUUUGUGAAAUUUUCGAUUAAAUUGGGGAAAAUGACGAUUUCCGCGGGAAGUAUCAGCUUCAUAUCCCAAUUUCAAGUUCAAUGUCGGGCUUUUCUCAUUCCAUGGGUUAAGAAUAAAGGUGCAAUUACAUGCUUGAGAAACAGAGAUUACAGCUCUUCAGUUCCUGUUAGAUACAUUCCUAAGAAAUCUUCUCAAAGUAACAAAUUGGAUGGUUCUGAGCCAAUGAAGGUUUCCGAAAAGAGAGAAUUUUGUGAGUUUCCUCAAGUAAGUCCUUUGAGCAAUGAUGAGCUUAGCCAUGGUGGUGGAACUGGAAAUGUUGUAAAGAAAAGCUUCAAUUUUGAUAUGAAGCCUCAAUAUCAAAGCCCAAUGCUCCUUAGUAACUUACACUUUAAUGAUGCUGAGCAAGAUGAUAUAAUGGAAGAGCCUGCGGAGAUUGCUGAGGAUGAUUAUGCAUUGGAAGAGCCCGAGGAAGUUGCGGAAGAGUUAAGUAUACAUCAGCAGAACGGAUGUUUUGAACCGGAUGUAUUACAACCUUUGGGAAAUAAAACUAAGCAGGACGCAGAGAACAUGGCUGUAAAGUUACUUGCAGCAAGAGCUUUCACCGCUGUUGAACUAAGGAAGAAACUGUGUGGAAAGAGAUUCUGUCCAAAGAUUGUUGAGGCAGUUAUAAAUGACUUCAAGAGCAGAGGGUUGAUCAAUGAUAGCUUGUAUGCGGAGAAUUUUUGUCACUCCAGAUGGUCUUCCUCUAGCUGGGGACCACGGCGGAUCAAGCAAGCCCUUUCCAGCAAGGGUGUAAGCGAAGUUGACGCAGAGAACGCAAUACAGUUGGUCUUCCAGGACGGAGAAAAAGCUGAUGGAUUUCGGGGGUCAAGUCGCGGAAUGUCAAAGCUCUCGAUGGACCGCUUGUUCGUUCAGGCCUCAAAGCAAUGGCUGCGAGGCCAUGACGUGCCUAAAGAGACGAGGAAAUCAAGGAUCAUCCGAUGGCUUCAGUACCGUGGCUUCAACUGGGACGUUAUCGGCACCAUAGUAAAGAAGUUGGAAUCCAAUCACCCACCCUAGACACCAUGACAAAACACUCAAAAGUUCAUAUGCCUUUGUAACAACAAAGUACUGUGGUCCUCCUUAAGGACCACAAUUAUCAAUCCAAAUAUAAAUUUGUAUAAUCUUGAUGGGGA